AUGAAGGAGGUGAGCAUAGAUCUCGGCUCCGAGUGGCUGAAGGUCGCCGUGGUCAACCUCAAGCCCGGCCAGCCGCCGAUCUCGAUCGCCAUUAACGAGAUGUCCAAGCGCAAGACGCCUUCCCUCAUUAGCUUCCACGCCGACUCGAGACUGAUCGGCGAGGAGUCUCUCAACCUCCUCGCCCGCUACCCGAACAAAGUUUACUCCCAUCUCCCCUCUCUCCUCGGCAAACCCUACAGCUUCGCGCGAGAUCUCCUCCAGAAACUGUACUUGAGCUACGAGAUGGCCCCCGAUGAUGUGCGGGGCGUGCCGGUUUUCCAGGCGGAGGGUGGGAAUUUUACGGCGGAGGAGCUGGUGGGGAUGGUGCUCAAGUAUGCGGCUGGGCUGGCGGAGACUCACUCCAGGGCGAGUGUGAAGGACGUGGUGAUCACGGUGCCUCCGUUCGCCGGGGUGGCCGAGAGGAGGGGGCUUCUGGCGGCAGCGGAUUUGGCUGGCCUGAAUGUUCUGGCGUUGGUGAAUGAGCAUUCGGGAGCUGCUCUGCAGUAUGGGAUUGAUAAGGAUUUCUCCAAUGGAUCAAGGCAUGUAGUCUUCUAUGACAUGGGGGCGAGCAGCACCUAUGCUGCAUUGGUAUAUUUUUCAGCUUAUAAUGCCAAGGAACUUGGGAAGAGUGUGUCCGUGAAUCAAUUUCAGGUGAAGGAUGUCAAAUGGGAUGCAGAACUUGGUGGUCAGAGCAUGGAAUUGAGGUUGGUGGAGUAUUUUGCGGAUGAGUUCAAUAAGCAGCUUGGAAACGGGGAUGACAUUAGGAACUCUCCCAAGGCAAUGGCCAAAUUGAAGAAACAAGUCAAGCGCACAAAAGAAAUUUUGAGUGCCAAUAUGAUGGCUCCAAUAUCUGUAGAGUCUCUAUAUGACGAUCGAGACUUCAGGAGCACAAUAUCUCGUGAGAAAUUUGAAGAUCUUUGCAAAGAUCUUUGGGAAAAGGCCCUCGUUCCUCUGAAAGAACUUCUUGAGCAUUCUGGAUUGAAGGCUGAUGAUUUAUAUGCAGUGGAGUUGAUUGGAGGUGCGACUCGAGUUCCCAAGUUGCAGGCUAAGCUUCAAGAGUUUCUUGGAAGGAAAGAGUUGGACAAGCAUCUGGAUGCUGAUGAGGCAAUUGUUCUAGGUGCCUCACUGCAUGCUGCCAAUUUAAGUGAUGGAAUCAAAUUAAACCGUAAGCUAGGAAUGAUUGAUGGCACUACUUAUGGCUUUGUGUUUGAGUUGAAUGGUGAUGGUCUUCUGAAAGAUGAAAGCACCAGACAGCUUAUUGUACCAAGAAUGAAAAAGUUGCCUAGCAAGAUGUUCAGAUCAAUUGUUCACAACAAGGACUUUGAAGUUUCACUUUCUUAUGAGAGUCAAGAUCUUUUACCACUUGGAUCCUCUUCUCUGGUAUUUGCACAAUAUGAUGUGUCAGGUCUCUCAGACGCUAGUGAAAGGUACUCAUCACGAAACCUUUCCUCUCCAAUUAAGGCCAAUUUACACUUCUCCCUCAGUAGAAGUGGCACUUUAUCGUUGGAUCGGGCAGAAGCUGUUGUUGAGAUAACUGAAUGGAUAGAAGUCCCAAGAAAGAAUAUCACAGUAGACAAUUCAACAUCUGCUUCGGCUAAUAUUACAGAUGGUGACACUAAGAAUCCUUCAGAGGAAAACCCUGCCAAAUUGGAGACUACCAAUGGCAACGGUAACAGUUCUGAGUCUAGUAUUAAUGAUAAUACUAGCACUGUGGAUCUUGGUACUGAAAAGAAACUGAAGAAAAAGACUUUCCGAGUUCCGUUAAAGGUUAUUGAGAAAACAACUGGGCCUGGAAUGCCUCUCUCGAAAGAAUCUUUUGCUGAGGUGAAACAAAAAUUGGAAGCUUUGGACAAAAAGGAUUCGGAAAGGAGAAGAACAGCUGAAUUGAAAAAUAACCUGGAAGGAUACAUAUAUUCUACUAAAGACAAGCUUGAAUCAGAUGAGUUUGGAGAAAUUUCUACUGAGCAAGAGCGGCAAACAAUGGAGCUCUUUACAUUUUUCAUCUUCUCACUCUUCAUCUCCUACAUUGCAGAUGGUGCCGGUUUUAUCGGCGUAAACUACGGCCGUGUGGCCAACAACCUCCCCUCCGCAUCCAAGGUUGUGCAACUCCUUAAAUCCCAAGGACUGGACCGGGUCAAGGUCUACGACACCGACCCGGCCGUCCUCCGUGCCCUUUCCGGCUCCGGCAUCAAGGUCACCGUAAACCUCCCUAACGAGCUCCUCUCCUCCGCCGCUCGACGCCCCUCCUUCGCCCUCUCAUGGGUCCAGAAAAACAUCGCGGCCUACCACCCGUCCACCUCCAUUGAGGCCGUCGCUGUCGGCAACGAGGUCUUUGUGGACCCGCACAACACCACCCGCUUCCUCCUCCCGGCAAUGUACAACAUCCAGAAAGCCCUAUCGAGGUACAACCUCGACACCCAUAUCAAGGUCUCCUCCCCCGUCGCCCUCAGCGCCCUCCGGAGCUCCUACCCUUCAUCCUCAGGCUCCUUCCGUGCUGAGCUGGUUAGCUCGGUUUUCAAGCCCAUGCUCGACUACCUCCGUAGAACCGAGGCACCCCUCAUGAUCAAUGUCUACCCGUUCUUCGCUUACGAGUCCAACGCUGACGUCAUCUUGCUCGACUACGCCCUCUUCCGGCCAAACUCUGGCUCUAUUGACGGUGGCAACGGGUUGAAAUACUUUUCCCUGUUCGACGCACAGGUGGACGCCGUUUUUGCUGCCAUGUCAGCGCUCGGGUACGACGACAUUCCAAUCACGGUCAGCGAGACAGGCUGGCCAUCGAUGGGUGACCAGCACGAAAUCGGGGCCACGGUUGAGAAUGCAGCCGACUACAAUAAGAACCUGGUCAACCGCGUGCUCGCCGGCGGGGGAACGCCUCUCCGCCCCCACGCGAACCUUACGGUGUUCCUCUUUGCGCUGUUCAACGAAAACAAGAAACCGGGGCCCACAUCGGAGAGGAACUUCGGGCUGUUCUACCCGGACGGGAGGAAAGUGUACGAUAUCCCGUUCACAACCAAGGGGUAUAAUAGUAAGGAUGAGUCGAGCUCCCCGGUGAAGAGCGGUGGUUCCGAGAAGAGGGUGGCGGCGGGGAGUGGGCAGACGUGGUGUGUGGCAAAAGGGGAUGUGGGCCCGGAGAAGUUGCAGGCGGCCCUUGACUAUGCGUGUGGGGAAGGAGGGGCCGACUGCCACAUGAUCCAGCCGGGAUCUGCGUGCUUUGAUCCCAACACGCUUGAGGCGCAUGCUUCGUACGCGUUCAAUAGCUAUUAUCAGAAGAAGGGGCGUGCUGGGGGCACCUGUUACUUCGGUGGGGCUGCAUUUGUCGUCUCGCAGCAGCCUAAGUAUGGCAAAUGUGAGCUCUCUUCGUUUGGAAAUUGA